CGUCGUGCGGCUUUUGACUUUUGGAGGUAGUCGUUUUGUUUUUCGGUGCAGUGCGCGUUCAAAAUAAACCGUUGUCGGUCGCUCUUUUAAACUAAAUUCUCGAUUAAAUCUGUUGAUCAAUAGUGUUUGGUACAAGAAAUACUAAGAAAAUAGACCCAUGAUCAGAAUGUCUCUCCCAGUUUUUUCAGAAUCUCUCUGUUCGGCAGUAGAUUACCGCCAAACGAAUUUGACUGAACCUUUCUCACAAGCACUUUGUGUAAGCGACUCAGAUGAAACACUUUCCCAGGAUACCUGUCGGAGCGAAUCGCCAUUAUCAGCGAAGGAAGAACGACACUCGGUGGCCGUUGUCGAUUUGACCACGUUAUCAAACAGCUUUAAUGAGACGGUCUCGUCGAAAAAAUCUGAGGACACAGAAACUGCCGAGAAUACACCAUGCUCACUGAUCGUGCUCUCCGAUAGUGCCAAUUCGUCUUCUGCACAGCUCAAUUGUUCGACCGUGAACAGCACUUCCCACAGAUUGAGCUCGGCAGCUCAAGCUCGUCUAAAUGAUUUCUUCGACAACAUUCCCAGCUCUGUGUCGGAAGUUAGCAUGAGCAAAGCGGAUUAUAAAAUGACCGACACUCAGCUUUCCGCCGACAGGUUCGGGAAUGUCUCCGACGAGGAUAGCAAGGAAGUGUCUAUUGCGGAGACGGAAGCCUCGGACAGAAUCUCACCCGUACCUGAACCAGAGCAACCCAAGGAACACCAUACCCCGGGAAGAGUUCGAAAUGUGAAGGUCAACGUUUCGGCUAAAAUCAAAAUUAAGGUACACGUGUCGGAACUGUCGGAAAGCGGGAGUUCUGCGGAAUCGGAAGACGGAAAUGCCCAAGCAGGCUCAUCGAAAGCGAACCAUCAGGGCCUGCAGAAAUCGGAACCGAUCAUUGAUAACGAAAUGGCGGAAAUUCUGACGGAGAUCUACGGCAAUGCGUGGCGCACCCCGGAGGUUUUGGCUCUAUGUAAACCGCAACCGAAAAAAGCACCUGAGGCCCGAAAAGAUCAAAAAAAGUCAAUCCAAAAAAGCCGUGACCACCGAAAAGUUUCGUUUCUUCAAGCGCUAGAUGAGAAGACCCCUUUGGACAUGUGUUCCGCGGACAUCAGAAAGUACCGAACACAUUUCAACAGCACUAAAGACAAAUUGAUGGUCCAGCUGUAUGAGUUGUACAACCGGGAAGUGUUCGAAAAUAAACUGGACAUACCGCUCAGUUGGAACAAAAAAUUGACCUGCACCGCAGGACGAUGUUUUAACAUUAAGAAGAAUGGAGAACGAUCGUGCCGAAUAGAAUUAAGUGACAAAGUUAUAACAUAUGCCGAACGAAUGCGGUCCACGCUUAUACAUGAAAUGUGCCACGCGGCUGCAUGGAUUCACAAUGGGGAAAAUGGACAUGGGAAACAUUGGAAAAAUUGGACGUAUCGCGCUCGGAAAGUUUUUCCUGAAUUGCCACCCAUUACCGUGUGCCAUCACUAUGAAAUCGAGUACAAAUACACAUACCAGUGUGUCCUUUGCAAGGCUAAGUAUAAUGCUCACACCAGAUCGAAAAAGACCGAAAACAUUCGAUGUGCCUAUUGUCAUGGAAAAAUUGAGCUGUUCGUGAAUAAGAAAAAUAAAGACGGUGACACCGUGGCCACUCCGGCCAAGAAGGGUAAAGGAUUUGCAGCGUUUGUCAAGGAAAAGUACAAACAAGUGCGACAAAACGAGAACAGUCAUGCGGAAACUAUGAAAAUCUUAGGGGAAAAAUUCGCUGGGCUUAGUACUGAACAAAAGACUCUAUAUACGCAAUAAUAUGACGACAACAAUGUGAAUUGUUGAAUUGUUUUCCGUGAAAA